CUUUUAAUUCGGACUGUCACAGUGUGGUUGCAGGAAAUGGCAAACUGGAGGGAGGCAUAGUCAAAUGGCUGGUGAACAUGAUGAAAUGAUGAUAUCUACUAUAAAUCCAAAUACAAAUUCCGUCAUAUGUAUAAUGCUUAACCUGGCGUGAAGAUCCGCGCGAGCUGUUACAUCUCAUGGACCUCGACAGUGAAAACCGUACCUUCCAAGUUCGAGGGAGUGAACUAAAAUAUUCUUCAUGGUUUUUGCAAUACCUUCGAGUCGUGAUCUGUCCGUGCAAACAUAUUGCCACUAACUGAUUUUGGAGGAGAACCGCCACCACAGGGUGCGUGGUGUUUUACCUGGGAGCCGUUUUAGAGCGGUAAUUUACCUUAAUUUUAUUGCAAAUAACAGCCUUAGCAUAUUUCCCUCAUGAAAAAUAAUCUUUGGAGCGGUUCCCGGGACAUGACCAUGAUGAUGCCGAGCAAAAGUGUGGAAUGGCUGCAAGAUGAACUGGAAUCCGGAGGGAGCUCGCUGCUUCUGUUGGAUUGCCGAUCGCACGAGCUCUUCGAAUCAUCUCACAUAGAAACGGCCAUCAAUUUGGCAAUACCGGGUCUGAUGCUUCGAAGGCUCAAAAAGGGGAAUUUGCCUAUCCGAUCUAUUAUUCCGAAUAAUGAGGAUAAGGAGAAGUUUGUCAAACGGUGCAAGACGGACACUGUGGUUCUGUACGACGAGGCCACCUCGGACUGGCAAGAGAACGGCGCAGCGAGCUCGGUUCUUGGGCUCCUGCUGCAGAAGCUCCGGGAUGACGGUUGUAAAGCUUAUUACCUGGAGGGGGGAUUCAACAAGUUUCAGACGGAGUACUCUGAACACUGCGAGACCAACCUGGACAGUUCCUGCCCUAGCAGCUCUCCCCCAGCGUCUGUUCUGGGGCUGGGUGGGCUGAGAAUCAGCUCCGAUUGUUCCGACGGCGAGUCGGACCGGGAACCAGGCAGCGCCACAGAGUCAGAGGGCAGCCCAUUGCCCAACAACCAGCCUGCCUUCCCUGUCCAGAUCCUUCCUUACCUUUACCUUGGCUGUGCCAAAGAUUCCACCAACCUUGACGUGCUGGGCAAGUACAACAUUAAGUACAUCCUGAACGUAACGCCCAACCUGCCCAACAUGUUUGAGCACGAUGGAGAAUUCAAGUACAAACAGAUUCCCAUCUCCGAUCACUGGAGCCAAAACCUCUCACAGUUUUUCCCCGAGGCCAUAUCUUUCAUUGAGGAGGCUCGUUCCAAGAAGUGUGGGAUCCUGGUGCACUGCCUGGCAGGGAUCAGCCGCUCUGUGACGGUGACGGUGGCCUACCUGAUGCAGAAGCUCAACCUGUCCCUCAACGAUGCCUACGACUUCGUCAAGCGCAAGAAGUCCAACAUCUCGCCCAACUUCAACUUCAUGGGCCAGCUCCUGGACUUUGAGAGGACUCUAGGGCUGAACAGCCCCUGCGACAACCGCUCGCCCAACGACCAGCUCUUCUUCACCACGCCGACCAAUCACAACGUUUUCCAGCUGGACACGCUAGAGUCCACAUGAAGACAGUGAGCCGGGUCUGGAAGGGGGCGGCCCGGGCCGGCCUCUUUGAAUGUUUUAUCUCUACAUCUCCUGAGGCAUUUCAGCCCUGUCAGCCAGGGCGAGUGCGCAGCAGGAGGCACAGCGGAGAAGGCUUCUGGGAGAAGGCUGCUUGGACAGGUUUUACUUGGCGGGCUGACUAUGGGUACCCCAUCGCUACUUCAGCGACUGAGAAGUGGCUUCUCUUGCCUUUGGAACAGACUGUUCUUUUUUUGUCAGUUUUUUUUCCUUUUUUUUUUUUUUUUUUUU